UGACACGAAGGAGGGGUGUCGAUCGUCCGUGUCGCAAAAGCUAAUCACCUGUUCAUCUCGUCUCGCUGCUGCCAUCGUCUUCCCCCGGCAAAAUUUUCCGUUCGUCCAACUCCAUCCCAGUCAGAGUAGAAAAUCGAGUCUUUGCCCUCCUGCUCCAGGCGAGGGGGCUGCGAGAUUGAAGGUCGAUCCGUAAUCGAUUCCUACCGGUGGUACGGUACGGAAGCAAACCCUAGCCCGUUCGCAUCAACUACCAGAUCGAUUUGCAGAAGUCCAUGAUUGUUACUGCGUGCGGAGAAAUAGUCAGUUUCUAUGAUUAUUUACUGAAAAUAUAUAUCAAAUGAUCAUCGAGGUCGUCCACCGUGUGAUGAUUUUAUUGCCGACCAAUUGAUCGAUUCGAGUUGAGCCCUUUGGGAUACGUACGUACACGAUGAGUAGCAGCAAGAGGAUGAUGGCCGAUGUAUCCGGCGGUGGUUGGCUCCCGGACGAGAUGAUCAUGGAGGUGCUGCUGCGGCUCCCCGCCAAAUCCCUCCUCCGCUUCCGGGCCGUCUGCCGCUCCUGGGCGGCGCUCUUCUCCACGGAGCAGUUCCGCGGCCUCCACAUGGCGACCCCCAAGGCAGCGCCGCCCAAGCUGCUCUUCGUCUCGCCCACAGCAACGUCCGACUCCUCGACGGAGGUGUGCUCAGUCUCCCUGUCAGCAGGCCCCGAAGAUGACCUGAAGCUCUUCACCCUCGACUCUGCCUGCGGCGACUCGAUGCAGCUGCUCAUGCCGGCACCCUGCCAUGGCCUCAACCUUCUGUUCGACGCCGUCGCGCCGGCCUACUACAUCUGCAACGCGGCCACACGAGCCGUCACACGUCUCCCACCUUUCCCUCGCGGGUUCAGGCAUGCAUCUGCCGGGCUGGGGUUUGAUGCCCGGACAAGAAGGUACAAGGUGGUCAGGCUAAUCGGAGGGACACACGAUGACAUCGAGUCCGUCAGGUGUGAGGUGUACACACAUGGAGACCACGUAGGUGGUGGUUCUCCUAUGGAUAGCUGGAGGCCGCCCGCCGGCGGAGGAGUGCCCCUUGGAUUGCGCAGGUUCGCGGGUGCUGCUGUUAGUGAUGCACAAUUUCACAAUCUACCGCCUGUGUUUGCAAACGGCUCCCUACACUGGUCGCUCCACCCUCUCUCCUCCAAAAGGCCAAGGGCUGCUGUGAUAUCAUUUUCUCUUGCAGACGAAACCUUCAGUUUCAUCGGACCGCCGCCGUUCUGGACAUCGCCCGCACCCUUAUUGGCAUCAGAUCCAGAGAGCAUCCCCUAUCGCAACGCGGAAUUAGAAGGGCAUCUUGUGCAGAUGGAUAACCAACUAUGUAUGGUCCGAGACCUUCGAUAUGAUGGUAAUACCGGUGGUUGCAUUUUGGAGAUCUGGAAAUUGUCGGACCGUAGCUCCGGUGCUUGGUCACUGUAUCAUGCCGUUCAUUUGUUCGGGCGUGUGGCGAGAGAUCUAUGUCGGCCGGAGGUUAUGAGAGUUAUCGGUUCCACUAGCGGCAAUGGCAGGUUAGGGAAGAAGAUAAUCAUCAUUACUAGCGAGCACAUAAUGUACGAUGAGUUUCGGAAGAAGGCUCACACCUAUGACCUUAGCUCUGAAUCUCUAGAGACCAUUCUUUCAAUCGAGGAGACACACGCAUCACUUGAAGGCGUCACUCCAAGUUCAAGAUUUAGUUUAUUUGAAGAGAGCCUUGCUCCAGUGCAUCGAUUUGCUGAGCAUGCUUGAUCAAUUGUCCUCCAUACGACAUCGCUUCUAGCCUUGAACCGCUUUCAUUUUGUUCGAGGAAGGCCCGACCUCUCUAUGAUGUACACUUCUUAGCCAGAGUGCUCUCACACACAUUUUGCAAUGUUGAAGCUUUGGUACUUUGGUGCGUCCACACUACUGCUAUGUGGUUUCCACAAUUGUAGUCUUUGUUGUUGUACAAUCAUG